AUGGGUGAACCCCAACCAAUCUGCCCUUGGAGUUUUCUAGGGCCUCUUGCAGAUUCACAUCCCAUCUCGGCCCCUGCACCAAAGUUUUCCAAGCCAAAGACUUUUGCGUCAGUUCUUGUGAAUGAAGAUGAGUCUCACGUUCCCAUAAGUCAGCUUGCCGCUCCAACAAUACGUGGUGAGACAGUCUAUGUCAAGAUCAAUGAGGAGAUCUAUCAGGAGCAAUUGAGAGCUUGUCGCAACAACCUCAUUGGGCGUUUACUUCUCCGGAAGGGAACCAUGCCAUUAAAAACAGAAACCCUAAAGUCAUCUUUGAAUGCUUUAUGGCGACCUUCAGGACCGUGGCGCUUAGUUCCCAUUGGCAAGGGAUAUUUUGACCUUCACUUUCACUCUGAAGCUGAUAUGCGCAAGAUAUGGGGGGUGGAACCUGCACACUUGAAUCAGGCUUAUUCAGACUUUCUCAGUGGCAACCUGAUUUUCGACCCGGAGAUGUUCUCCCUCAAACACACGCUCAGGUUUGGAUUCGAAUCUCUGCUGGAUGCUGCAACAAAGGAACAACGAUUUGGUUAUUAUGCACGGGUACUAGUGGAUGUUGAUCUCCUUGGUGCUCUUCCAACUUCAAUUAUGGUAGAAAGGGAGAAUCACUGCUUCCCUGUUCGAAUUGACUAUGAGAAUCUUCCUCCGCAGUGUGCCCACUGUGGUCUGAUAGGUCAUGCACAGAAGAAUUGCAGGCAAUUGGACGUGAAUAGGUUUUCAGCUAAUAAAGCUCCUGAGAAGCACAAGGGGGUUCGUCAAGAGUAUCGGGUUAAGCCCACGGCUAUAAUUCCUCCAGUUUAUUCACCUUCUUAG